AUGAGGUACUUCUUGACAUAUUUGCUCGUGCUCCUCGUGGCUAUCGUGAUACCGAUAUUUUCGAUGUACUACCUCCUCAAUGGAAAGGUUGCGUUUUCCGUAGUCGGUGCAGCUAUGGGUAUCCAUACGACGGGUGUGAGCAUAGUUGGAGGAGGUGUCAAAGCUCCCCGUAUCAAGACCAAAAAUUUGAUUUCCGUCAUCUUCUGUGAAGCUGUGGCCAUUUAUGGUUUGAUUACUGCAAUCGUCCUAUCCGGAAUGCUUGAGAAAUACACGGAACCUUUGACUGAUCUAACUAUCAAGCAACAGAAUUGGAUGGCUGGUUACGUGAUGUUUGGUGCUGGACUUGCCGUAGGCCUGGUCAACUUAUUCUGCGGCAUCGCUGUCGGCAUUGUGGGUUCUGGAGCUGCCCUUUCAGACGCAGCCAAUGCAGCAUUGUCAAAAUGGGCAACCAGUAACUUAAGAAAAUACAUACUUGAAAUUAAGUUGUACAGCACUGGACCUUCCGGCCUUGACCUGCAUCCUGAAAUCUGUGACAACCAGUGC